AAUGGACUAGCAGAUAAGAUAGCUGAAUACUGGAUGUUUGAUCAAGGUACAAAUACUGUUGAAUGGAUUAGCUGCAUGGGAAUUUUCCUGUUCUCCUUAUAUAUAAGUGAAUACAAGACAGUUUCCCAUUAGACCUUCUCAAAGGCAUCCCUUUUGCUUGAACUAACUCCAGAUUUACGAUUAAACUGGUUAGAUGAUAUUCCCUAUUUCCACUUUGGGCGAAAAACCUAUGUUUGCCAUCAAGGAAAAGAUCUGAAUAAACGUCAAAAGGAAAAUUAUGCUAAAGAAAAAAAAAUGAAAAGUGUCAAACUGAUCAUGCUUUUGGUAAAGCAUAUUCCAAGAACCAGACAACUAAAAAAGUUAAUUGUCCAGCUGUAAUUAAUGUUACCCGAAUGUACAGGAUGCCUCAGUUCAAGGUAGUGCCAACCCGAAAAAGAAAGAUUAUGAUAUCUCGGAAAAUUAAGGAAAAACUAGCCAAUAAAGAUAGUAUUGCUGGUGAAGAAGUUUUCAUGUUUAAUUUACCUAAUAGCCAAGAUCAUCAAAAUCAUCUAAUGGGUAACAUGGCUGCAGUAAUAGAACCUAUAGAUGCUAGAGUGCGGCAUUUCAUAGCUUCUAAAGUUAAGAAUGGAAAAUGCAAUGCCACUGUAAUUGCAGAGCUAUUAGAAGUAUACGUUUCAACUGAAUUGGGAGAAACUGAUAAAACGCGCAGACGAUUUUAUCCAGAAAUGGAGGCAAUAAGGAAAAUAAUAAGCCAAGCAAAAUCCGAUAUUAGAACUAGUAAAAUUGACCAGGAAAAUACAGAAAUGUUAAUAAAUAGCUGGGAUACUUCCAAGUGUUCUGUUUUUUUUAGACCAUGUACUGAAAAUACAUAUGAUGGUACUGAGCCAAAUGACUUUACAGAUUCAAAACUAAAUCUGCUAUUUGUAUAUCAAAGUGAAGAAAUGAAAAAUUUAUAUGUCUUAUAUGGUUCUAAUCUUGUUCUUCUCGACGCGACCUAUCGAACCUGUAAGUAUGCUCUCCCACUUUAUUUUUUAGUUGUCAAAACAAAUGUGAACUAUCAAAUAGUGAGCAUAAUAAUUACACAAAAUGAAACAGCCAAAGCAUUAGAAGAAGCUCUUAUAAUUAUUAAAAAUUGGUCGCCUCUCGUUAGACCAAAAUAUGGGAUGGUUGAUUUUGCAAUGGAAGAAAUUACAAGUUUGGAAAAUGUCUUUACAGGAAUUAAGGUUUUUAUAUGUAGUUUCCAUCGAGAGCAGGCAUGGUCAAGAUGGGCUUCUAAGAAAAAGAAUGCAGUGGUUCCCAAAGAAGAGCUUUUGUGUAAAUUACGUGCCAUAGCAAAUGCUCCAACUCAAGAUGAAAUGGUUGCAGCAAUAGAGGUAUUAAAAUCAUGGAACCAAUAUGAAGCUGUGAAAGAUUAUUUUGAAUUAACAUGGUUCAAGGAAAUUGAGAGAUGGGCUUUGGCUUACAAACCAAAUGACUUAUUCAUAAACUCGAACAAUGGUGUUGAACGCUUAAAUGAGGAACUAAAAUAUAUAGAUAUCUUCAGGGAUAUAAAAACUGUAUGCUGUCUGAAAUAA